UGCCAGCUGCGGUCCGCCCGCUUGUCGUUGGGUAGGCAGACCCGCGGCGCACCCCUGCAUCACACCUCGACUGUUGCCUACCGCGCCAGGCGCUCCCCAGGCCCUGAUGCAAUGGCUGGCACGCCCGGAAAGCCAGUGCUCACGCUGGUGAUUUUCUUCGCGCUCCUGGUCGCUUUCGCAGUGGCUGACGGGCUGCAGGAUUCCAAACAAGCAGGAGAGUGGACGACAGGCCACACCUCGGCUGAACGCGCAAGGAGAACAGUGCGUGGCUGUGACGAUGCUCGCGGCGAGCUGAGACCAGAAAUGCAGCACCCUUACAGCGCAGCCGUGGUGGACGGCAUUGUCAAGCACAUCAACAUGAGGCUUACUGAUCUCAAGAGCCAGAAGGUGCCCUAUGGACCUGAACCUUACCGUACACGAACCCAAACGGCAUGGAUGCUGAAUAUGCAUGCCAAGAACAAAAUGCGUGGUCACCAGCGGGUGCCGUCAGGGUCCCGGGAGUUCAAGGAGCUCACGAAGCGCGACGCGCAGACCCAGCUGGCUCACGAGCUAGAGGGGCUGCUGGCCACCACCGUCGACGACGAGACCAAGCGCUCCGUGGAGCAGGAGUUCCAGGGCUUCAAGCGGCUCUUCGAGCGUUUCCUGCUCGACAAGGACUCUACCAUCUCCUGGGAUCGGAUCCAGAAGCUGCCCGAGAAUGCGGUUCGCGACCACAGCACGCUUAAGGAGCCCGCGUCCGAGCAGCUGCACGCGAUGCUCAACAAGCUGGUCGUCGUCAAGCUCAACGGUGGCUUGGGCACCUCUAUGGGCUGCCACGGCCCCAAGUCCGUGAUCCCCGUGCGCUCCGAGCUCACCUUCCUCGACCUGACUGUCCAGCAGAUUGAGUACCUGAACAAGAAGUACCAAGUUGACGUCCCGCUCGUCUUGAUGAACUCGUUCAACACCGAUGCCGACACGCAGAAGAUCGUGCGCAAGUACCGCGGCCUGCAGGUGAAGAUCUACACGUUCAACCAGAGCUGCUACCCGCGCAUCAACAAGGAGUCGCUCAUGCCCAUCGCGCGGAACUGCGACGUGGAGAACGACAUCGAUGCGUGGUAUCCUCCUGGUCACGGCGACUUUUACGAGAGCUUCAAAAACUCUGGUCUUUUGAAGAAAUUCCUAGAGGAGGGUCGGGAGUAUGUUUUUAUUUCGAAUAUAGAUAAUCUUGGUGCAACUGUUGAUCUGAGCAUUGCUGAUCUGCUUCUCCACACCGAUGAGAAAUCACCAGAGUUUGUGAUGGAAGUGACAGAUAAAACACGUGCUGAUGUUAAAGGUGGUACUCUCAUUCAAUAUGAGAAUAAGCUCAGGCUUCUUGAAAUAGCACAAGUUCCGAAAGAGCAUGUAGAGGACUUUAAAUCUGUUAAGACCUUCAAAUUCUUCAACACCAACAAUCUUUGGGUUAAACUUAGUGCCAUUGACAGAGUAUUGUCUGAAAAUUCUAUGAAUAUAGAAAUUAUUGUGAACAACAAAUCCCUUGAUAACGGUCUUAACGUUAUACAGUUAGAAACAGCUGUUGGUGCAGCUAUGAAGUCCUUUGAAGGAGGCAUAGGUAUUAAUGUUCCUCGCCGAAGAUUCCUUCCUGUGAAAAAGACAUCUGACUUGUUGCUGGUUAUGAGCAAUCUCUACAGCUUGCAGAAUGGGUCUCUUGUUAUGAACCCUGAAAGGAUGUUCCUCACAACUCCUCUUGUUAAACUUGGAGAUAACCACUUUGCAAAGGUCAAGGAGUUUCUAGCCAGAUUUGCAAACAGCCCGAAUAUUAUUGAGUUGGAUCAUCUCACUGUGUCGGGUGAUGUUACAUUUGGAAGAGGAGUUGUGUUGAAGGGAACUGUUAUUAUCAUUGCCAAUCAUGGAGACAGAAUUGAUAUUCCAGCCGGAGCUGUUCUUGAAAACAAAAUUGUAUCAGGAAAUCUUAGAAUCUUGGAUCACUAAAUCUCUAAUACUGUUUUAGAAAUUUGCUAUUGUUAUAAUUGUUAGUCAAGCUUAUAAGCUAUUUAAAUAUGAACUGGUAGCUUCCCGUGUGCUGUAUCCUAAAAGGCUUCACACCAGUCUUUUGUUUGUUUUUCUUUUAAAGUGUUUUUUGUUUUACAAAUUGUAAUUUUUAUAGAUCUUUUAAAGUUGUUAAAUUUUUUAAAUAUGUUAUAUCGUAUCCUAGUAUGUCAACUUUGAUUCGUCAUUUCUAUGAGGUUUUUUAAUUGAAUCACAAGCAAAUCGUUUUGUCAAGUAUUACAAGUGUGUGUACAAUGAAAAUAAAUAUGUAUUUUGUUA